AUGUGGGAUGAACUAAGAGGUCAAGAUAAGAUAUUGUCUGAAGGAACGGAAUGUGAGGUUAACGUGCCACAUCUAAUUGAAAAACCACUUGGUGUGUUCGAAAAAUAUGCCAUCACAAGAACACGUUUUCUCCGUUCCAGUUAUGGUUUGGCUCAUGUGAGUCGUGUGGGAUCCAUCUCCUUGACCCUCAGUGUCACCAUAGAGCGUUACUAUUCAGUGUGCCAUCCGUUGAGCCAGUUCAAAAUCAAGCGCUACCUGUUGACCAUAUCCCUUCUCUUUGCCAUUGUCUACAACAUCCCUCGCUUCUUCGAACUCAGUUUAUACGAGACCAAAUCCGGCGAUUACGGGGUUGUGACCACCGAUUUGCGACGAAAUCCGUACUACUCGCUUUUGUACAUAUUCUGGGCUAAAUUCCUGUUGGUGGAGAUGAUUCCUUAUGUCAUCAUGAUUGGCUUGAAUAUUCUCAUAUUCAGAAGAGUGAAGCAAUUGGUCAAGAUGAGAUCUGAAGUUGGAAUCGAACCCGCAUCAGGAGCGGUUCAUCAGGAUGAGAUCGAUUUGGCGGUCAUCUUGUUGGCCAUCGUGUGCAUAUUCAUCUUCUGCCAGAGUUUCAAGAUCAUUCCGGACAUUUAUGAAGUAUGCACUUGUACACAAAACCGCAUUCGAACCCGGGCUUGCAAAGGCACGUGGACCAUUGAGUUCAUCAUUGACAUGAGUCACUGCUUUUUGGCGCUGAAUUCCUCCAUCAACUUCUUUAUCUACAUCAUUAAGGGCGGAAAGUUUCGCGAAGCUAUUCUUAAGAGAUUCCUUACCAUUGGACCACGAACCGAUGUCCAGACCAGAUCUGCCACCAACUACGAAAUGGUCGUCGUUCAAGCCCCGUCACCUCCCAAAGCUCACCAAAACGUUUCCAAAGCCGACAAUCCGGAUUCGCAGGCUCCGGUCGACACGAAACCCAUCCGAGAAGAUGGGAUCAUCAAAGACGAAUCUGUCGUCCCAAAUAGUAAAGAGCAGUCUGAGGAAUUGGAUCAGAAUCUGCGAUGGCCAUUCCUGAUGUAUGAUAUGCCCACCAUCUUGGUGGAGGACGACGAACAUCAGAAGAGUCCUCGGGUUUCCAUUUGGUCAAGGAAGAGCAGUUCCAAUUCGCACAUUUGGUUCUUCAAGCGAGCCCCCAGCAGCACUUCCAAAAGUGAGACCAGCAAAAGCGAAUCCAACAGUCACGCCGAUGACAAGUCAUCGAAUGGUGUCUCAGGCAUGUUUUUGUGGGUUGCACCUCGUCCACCAAUUUAACCGUGACGGAUGCGGGGAAAGUCUCCAAGCCCUCGACUCAAAUUCAUCCGGGCACCCGCAUCGACCGAUAACGGCACAAAAAUGACUCCAAAUAAGAUUGUCAGUGCAUCUUCUCUCAUUGUUUAGAGAUCCUUUAGGAAUGGAUCCCGUCAAUAUCAGACUAGAAAUGCGAGUUCCUUGCAGCGAGUCUGGAUGGGCUUUGGAGCGAGAACCAGAAGAAUCUCUUUGAUGUUGGAACACGAUUUCCUCAUUUCAGCCCUCGGUCCGAAUUUUAGAUUCGACUUUGAAGUCAUUCUUCGUGUUGCAGCGCUAUUAUAUCCUCUGUGUUUUAUAUUUUAAAAUCCUUUUACAAAUUGCACAUGUGCAUUGAGCAAAGGUAUCUGGCUGAAAAAAAAUGGUCUCAAAACACGUUGGGGAGUUGCUAAACACGUGUCCAUUCGUCCCUGUGUACUUCUCCACGAAUCUGAAAAGUAAGUUGUAAACGGAAAAAUGGAUAUAAAAUACAGGUUGUGACCCUGGUUUGAAAUUCAAAGUCCUCUUUCCUGUUUUUCGAAGCCUCUUCAAGUAAUGAGUCCUGCUCGAUUUACGAGUACUAUAAUGUGUUUCAAAUCACCUUGAAUUGCCAGACUCCCCUUAAAUAAAUUUGAGGAUGGAUGAACUGAAGUAGCCACUUUCCCUGAAAUCAAACACGUUGUCCCUUCUGCGUGGCCCUCAUUGAACGGCUUAAGGCUAAAUGUGGUCCUUUACACUGUAAUUAAAACACCAGCUUAUAUUUAGCAACUAAUAUAAAUGCAGCACAGCAAUUGUAGAAUGGAACUCGAUCGUGAUGUGCAACGGGCAUAAAAAGACUUGACGUCAGUUUUCAUCUGUUUCUGGCCUUUGAUAUGAUGCAUUAUUUUUCCCAAAAAAGGUUCUGUCUCAUGUAUAAUUUCCUCCAUGUCUGUUUCACUUUAUGUACUCUGUGUCCAUUGUUCAAAUACAUCUUUUGUCCUAUCGGA